GGUGAGGAAAGAAAAAUGAGUUUGAGACAUUAAAAGGCUCUUCUCUCAGUCAACUUUUGUCAUUUAGAAACCAAAACAUUUCCUGCAGUGUGCUUUGAGCUUCAUUUUAAUCACAGACUAGACAAGACAGAACGCAUGUGGCUGCUAAUUCUGUUAGCUUCCUUUCAGUUGAUCCAAAAAUAAAAUAAGAUUUGUCUCAACACAGUGGCUGCUCGGAAGAGGUCAUUUUAAAAAUAUUUCAGUAGUUAGCUUCAUUGUGCUUUUGCUGUGUGUGUGUGUGCGUGCAUUGACAUAUAUUAAGAUGGACACGUUUCCACUUCUCCACACAGUACAAAAGUGACAAAUCCUGGCACAUAAAUGCUGCCGUCUGACCCAAUUAUGAGCUGUCAAUCAUGAUGUCAGUCAUGAUGUUUCACCCCCUUUUUAUGACAUCAGAUAAAUAAUAAAAACCAAACCUAUCAGACACAGAAGAGCUUAAGUUGGGGCAACAUGGACUUCAAAUCUCGUCAAGAAGUCCUUCUACUCAAGAUAAGCUGGAUGGCUGUGAAUCUACACAGAUAUACAAACCUAUCAGAAGAAAAGUAAGUGUCCUGUCUUUGGUCCAGCCACCACCAGGGGGUGAUCAAGCUGUUUUUUUGCUUCACUUUUGGGGAGCUCUCAUGUCGUCCAUCUUCAUAUGCAGUCUAUGGUGGUGUGUGUAAAUCAUUAAAGCCAUGCUAAACGCUAACACCUAACCUCAUUGCUAAAGGAGCAUGCUAUUAACUGAACUGACUGAUCCAGAAACAUUAACCGCGUAGAUGUUUUCAGAUUAGUUUUAAAGAUGUUUUAAAAACACUGAUGAAUGGAAAAUACGCUUCAACUAAAUGCAAACAACAAAAGGCCUUUCGGUUCUGUGAUAAAAUGGAUCUUUGGCCCCAUAUGUCACUGUAGCAUCAUAUUAGUUUGUAGCUCAUGUAUCAUCUCUGCAGCCUUUAUGAGUUUAAAAGGGAAUUUCACCCCUUUGACAUUUAGCUCUCAUUUUGGGCUGCUGGACUUGACUUCCUGUGUUUUACAAACAGCAUAUACCUGAGAUGGACCGAGAGUACAACUUUUGUUGCCUGCACUUUCAUAAAACUGUGACAAAAACAUCAUUGAGAUCACACACCAGUUUGUCAUAUCUGAGGUAUUAUUUCAUCCAAAUCUAGAAGUUCCUGACAUGAGUCAAGUAUUUACAAACCUUAAAUUUAAUUAGCUGCCUUUAAGUAUAAAAAAAAUUCUUUACAGACAGCCAACAUGCAGAAUUUAAAAAAAACCCCAAACUUUUAAACUUAAAGAAUACAGCUUUUAAUUGAUUUAUUUAAGAUUUUAAAUAUUUGAACUCAGGUCUACUAUAUGCAAAACUAUUGGACAUUACAUGGUGUAAGAGAAAAAAUAUGCUGUUAUUUAGUAUAUAAUUUCUGUGUUGUGUGGGCAUGUACAGUAGCAAAUUCUCUUGCACGGUCACUGUUGUUUUUAUUGUUGGUUAAACGAAUUAUUUUGUUGUUUUAUUUAUUAGUCUGAUUUUUUAAUUUCUUUCUUUUUUUUUUGUCAUUCAUUGUCUUUUAAUAAGAAACUCUGGGAGAUUUAAUUUCAGAAGAAAAAAAUGAAAAAAGAAAAAAAAAAUCCCUAAGUAAUGACCCCCCCCCCCCCACCUCUUCUGGGACAACCAAGCCUUAUGAACUUUGUGAAGUGAAAAUUUUGAAUGUUUGUAUGUUAUAAAAGAAAAUAUGGAUUGUUUUAUAUGUUAAUACUGCCACAAUAAAAGUCCCUAGCGAAUACAUAUUGAAAAAUGGCACCUAAUGUGUGGAUUAUUUUACAUGACUUUAUAUGACUGUUUGUGUAAUAUGGUUUGGGAUUCAUCUCUGAGGAACUCUAAAAAAACAUCUCAAUCCCCAUGUAAGUAUGUAUUUAUUCUAUUUGUCAGUAUCCAUCUUGUCAGUACACACUGAAGUAUGGAUCUUGUGUUGAAGAAUUUCCUAAAACUUUCUGAAAGCUUUGUCUCCCUCAUAUGGUGUGAAAGCAGAAUGGCACUUCCUGUUGGCAUCUCCAUGGUGAUGUUUGUGUGAGCUACACAAGAUUUCUGGGAGUGUUCAAACCUUAACUAUCAGGAGUUGCUGAGGUCGCAGAGUCUUUUCUACACAAAAUGGAAUUUAAUGAAAGAAAUAGAGGAGAGCAAAUCUUUGGGGGUAAGAGUGACUCUGGUGUAGUCGAUGUUUUAUGGUUUCAAUAGACAAAAUAACUUCUCAGUCAUAAAGAGAAUAAUUACAAAACCAGGAAGAGGUAUAUCUGAUGCAGCAGGUGUUAAAUAUGAGUUGCAUAAUUAUUUUUAUGUAGUGCGUCAGAUGUAAGCGAUUGUAUUGCUUUUUCUGUUUUGACAGGAUAGUUUUGUCAGCGACAUCUUAUUUCAGACCAAGAAAAGAAUGGAAUGAAUGAAGGCCACGUAAUGUAUUGAGGAGAAAGAAAAUAAUCCCACUGUACAAUUCUAACAUUAAAGGAAGGCGUGUGCUAGUAGCACAGAUACCAUGAAUGUACAACAAUGGAUCAAUCUAAAAAACAUGAUCCAUGGAUGACAUUUCAAACAGCAACUAUGGAGACACAUCCUGCUUUAAGAACAGGAUGCACCGUGUCUGAGCUCCUGGAGGACCCUGGGAACUGUAGGCAGAUCAUCAACCCUGAGCUCAGCCUUCAUCUUCUCAGUGAGUCUGUCUUCAGUGAGCAGCGGAAGCUGAGGCAUGUGUUGGACUGGGCUCACAGUUUCCUCAGUGUUGAUUCAGACAGUCAUCACAAAUCCUGCAGAGCUGAUGAAGAGCAGAGGAAAACACUGAAAAAAUCACCUACAUGUACGCAGUUAUCUACAUCUGAAUACCAUCAUCCUGUCUCCUGUACCACAGGUGGUAAUGAGGUAUUUGCAGGAGGAGAAAAAAGGAGUACGCAAAGGGUUUGGCACCUUGAAUCAUCAACUGAUGAGAACAGAGAAUCAAAUAAUCACCUCUGUGCAGAUGAACCUCCUUUCUCAGAUGAUCCCUACAUCCCACUCUCCUUUAUGCCAGGGAGAGAGGAGGUAACUUGGCCAGAGUACAGAGAAACUCCUGGAAAUGUUAAAAGUAUGAGGCUACAAGAUGCCAUAAAUAAACAAACUCCUAGGAAAGACAAUGCCUGCAUAACAAGUGGCCUGUUCAUAUCUAAUCAAAGGCAGAACAGACAGUACUUAUCAGACGGAAACACAAAUUGCGCAGUUGCAUCAAGCAGUGCAACAGGCUUGAUCAAAGAAUCAUGCUGCAGUAAUACUGGUCACGGGAAAAGCAAGGAGUUUGGCACAUUGAAUAACUCCAAACAUGUUUAUAGAGCAGCUGGAGUUCAGUCAGAGAAAGAGCUAUCAGGCCAUCAGAUAGAGCUGAGCAAAGUUAAGGCUGAGGGGAACAUAGGGACAAAGAAGGAAGUUGUGAGGAUGGGUGAAAGGAAGGGGGUGGUAAAUGAAAAUCAAGGCUCAAGCUCUUUUUUGGCAUAUGCCAAAAGCAGCAGUGAACUUGAGACAACACAGAAACAGACUUCAAACCUCAGCUUUAGCUGUCAUUUGAAAACACCACCAGCUUUGACCAUAUACGAGCAGUACCAACUUUGUGUGGAUCAACUGCGUCACCUCAGAGUAAGACAAAGCCAACAUAUCCAACCAGGAACCAUCACAGAAACAAAAGAGAGUAAGACAUUUGAAGAAAUGGCAGCACCUUUUGAAGCGCCAGUCCUUCCUACAUCUAUCUUUGAGCUGAUCUCUUCCACCACAAAUCCUGAUAUUAAAAAUUGUCCCAACAAAUGGGUUACAGCUGCAGAAAUCACAAAGGAGAGGAGUUCGAGCACCACUAAUAAAAAACAGUUUGAAUCUAAAUCCAAUAGAAGUAGAGCAACACCUAUUGAACAGAGGGAGAACAAGCAUUGUGACAACUCGACUGUGAAAGAAACACCUGCACCCAUAUGUGCUGGGAGUCAACCUUUUUGUCAGAGAAACACUGUUUCCAGCAACAAGCAUUUGGACCUUGUUAGGAACAACUGUGGAAAACUGAUCGAAGGAACUGCAGGAGGCAUAACCUCAGCUGAUAAGGUAAUUAACAGGCCUACGGAGCACCUAAGGACCACACCUGGUGAUAAUGUCCCUGCCAUGGAGGAGACUGCUGCGCUCACCCCUGACUCAGGAUUGCUUCCAAAGAGAAUCAGAUGUAAUCCAGGUGUGAAGGGUCAUCAGAGUCGUGUCAAAAGUCACCAAAAAAAAGCUGGCAGUCGAUUUGCCUCAAUGAGACUUUGUGAAGAGUCACGUGUCGUGUCUUCUCCAACCAAUAAGGGAUUACUACAAAGGCAACCAGUGAGGUGCAUGAACGUCACUGAAAGACCUCAGCCAUCCGGAGUAGUCAAACACACAAGAAAACCCACAACAAAGGACAAAGUGAAACCUACUUCAGCCUAUGAAGAGAUGCACAAAUGCUGUUCACCUACCAAGACACACACGCCUCUUCAUAUGGAUCCUGAACCAACACCAUCAACCUCAGGUGCAUGUCAAUGUGAACUAACCGACUGCAAAUGCAGACCAGCAGGUGUCCCUAUGUGUGACAGGUGGUUGUGUUUGCCUGAUGAGGUGUGGCUGUCCAUCCUGUCUCUGCUGCCUCACAGUGAUCUGUGCAGAGUGCUGCAGGUCUGCAGCCGCCUGCACACACUGGCCACUGAUCACACACUCUGGAAAGAUCUCAGGAUUGAAAACUCCAACCUGAGCGAGCGGUGCUUGCUCUGUGUUGGCAGACGUCGUCCUCGCAGUCUGUGUCUGUACAGCUGCAGUGGACUGUCCCUCACCUCCCGUGGGCUGGAGAUGUUUUUCACUCUGUGUAGAAAAACUCUGGAGGAAGUGAAGGUCACAAGUUGUACUGGUCCACGUCUCCAUGGUGAUCAGAUGCUGCGUCUGAUUGGUCAGCUGUGUGACCAUUUGACUAGUGUGGACGUGAGCUGGAGUGGAGCAUCGGACACAGGAGUGAAAGCUCUGAGUGACUGCUGUUCAGGGAUGCAACUAAAAUCUGUCAGCCUGAACGGCUGUCAUGUCACUGGUGACGCGCUGAUGAAACUUGUCAUGAGGCACAGAGAAAGUCUGUGCAGAUUGGAGAUUUUUGGCUGUCACUUCCUCACUCCAUCGAAUUUACAGGUGGUAUAUGAGAUGUGUCCUGGCCUCGAGCAUCUCAACAUCGGACAGGUGCCAAAAGUCAACGCGCACUGUCUCGCAGUGAUAACGUCACAGCUCAAAUGUCUCCUUUCACUCAAUCUCACCGGACUACAGGCGGUUACCGAUGCCACAGUGGACACUUUGCUGCAGAAUUGUGUCAAGCUUCAGAGUUUGACCUUCAGUUCCUGUCUUGGGGUCACUGACUUGACUCUGCACAACAUCAGCAAACACACACCUUGUAUCAGAUACCUGAAUGUGAGUGGCUGUAAGGCAGUCACAGAUGCAGGAGAUCAGUCUCUGGCUCUGGGAUGUGGAAGACUUCAGCAGCUGGAUCUCAGCUCAACUGGCACAGGGAACAGAGGGGUUAGUCUGCUGGCAAACUACUGCAGUGGACAUCUCCAAACUGUCAAACUCAGUUUCUGCCACGUCACCUUAGAGAACAUACUGAAGCUCUGCAGACACUGCAAGAGGUUAAAGGUGCUCCAUCUCUACGGCUGUAAUCAUCUCCCCACUGAGAGAGAGAUCGAAGAAGUGAACAGGACCGUUAAAGUUUAUCCUCAGCCCUGACUCACACACAAACAUCUGCACACAACUGCACAGAUAUACACAACAUAAAAUAGAGGAUAAUCUUGGAAAGAAUCCAGAAAAAGAAACAAUACCACAAAUGUGAAGCGGCUAACCACCAGCUCCGUGCUGACACUGACGAUGCACACAAGCAUCAGUCACAAUAUGCUUCCUGGAGUAUUAGACUCAACUUUAAUGUCAUUGCACAGAGUAAUAAUGAAAUGCAGUUUAGCACCCAAACAGAAGUACAACAAGCAGUACAGUGUGAAGUAAUGAGUAAAUGUACAGUGGUCAUACAUCAAUUAUUAAACAGUAAAUGGUCGAUAUGAAUGUGCUAAGAUAUGGUGUAUAGUAUAAAGUAUCGGUCAAAUAUGUAUGGUAUGGACAGUUAUAUGGCAGGGGUGAGCAUAUAUAGUACUGGUUCUAUGUUCUCUCACUUCUAUGUACAGUAGUGUGGCAGUAGGAGAACUCUUCCUAAAAAUAGAAAUGUCAUGGCUGGAGGGUGUCCUUCUUGUCAUGGCUUUAACAGCAUUUGCAACACCAUUUUGUUCCCAUCAGGAGUGUACACGACGUGUCAAAAAAAGGAAGGGUAUAAAAGUGAGGUACCAGAGGAAUUGAGACUAAUUCUGGAGCUGCAUGGGAUGCUUUUCAGACAUGAAGCAAAACAUUUCACUUUGUCCCACCUUUUUUUCUAUCUACAGCUGACUGUACCAUUCUUUAUUCUAAAGCCACAUUAACAAAGACAUUAAAAGCAAAAGUAUGGCAUCAACAAAGGGUAUGAGUGAGGAAGAACAAAGUCGGCUGAGUUUGCUCUUUCACGCCUACGAUGUGGAUAAUUCAGGGAGGAUCGAAAAAAAUGAGUUCUAUACUAUUUGCCAAGAGCUCAAAGUACCCUUCCAAGAAGUCGAUGGGAUAUUCAACCGCCUGGACGUCGACAGAGAUGGCACAGUGACCUUGGAGGAGUUUAUCAGUGGCUUCAAGGAACAACACCUGGAAGAAGGAGAUGGGACUGAAUCAGAAGACAAGAACUCCUCUAAAAGAGAGGGAGAAUUUUCAAACAACAAGCAACAGGUCAUGUCCAGGUGAGAUUUCAAACUAGAAAUGCCAGUCCCCUUGCAAUCUGCAUCCGUGUCUGUCCAGACUCCUGCAAUAUGUCGAGUGGAGGCAAUAAAGGAAUUUAGUAAAUGGAACCAAGUGCAAUUCUUGGUGAAAUGUGAAAAGUUUUCAUGAUAUUGACAUGUAUGAUUUGAGUUUAUUUCCGGUAAAAGAUGUGUUUUCAUUUAUAUGGAAAUGCCUUUUAAUUCAAUAUUAAUAAAAUAUGUGCAUGAAAUUGUGAAAUAAAUAUAGACAGACAGAAGCUAUAAAUUUGUGUUGUGUCAUUCUUAGAAAAUGAAUUCUUGGUCCAAAAGUGUGUUUUGUGAAGUCACAGUGACUUUUGACUCUUGACCAAAAAAUCUGAUCAGUUCAUCUUUGAGUCCAAGUAGACAUUUGGGCCAAAUUUGAAGAAAGUCCCUCCAGAC